AUGCCCCCCCCUGCGCCCGGGGCCCGGCUCCGGCUUCUCGCCGCCGCCGCCCUGGCCGGCCUGGCCGUCAUCAGUCGAGGGCUGCUGUCCCAGAGCCUGGAGUUCAGCUCCCCUGCGGACAACUACACAGUGUGCGAAGUUUGCCCACCUGUAAAGUGGGUGCAGUCACACCUGCCUCCAAGGACUGCAGUGGGAACUGGAGAUGCAGUGGGCCUUCCUCCCCCCCCACCAAGCCCCCGUGACGGGGGACCCUGGAGGGCCGGGGGGGGGUUGUGUGAGAGAGAAGAAAACCACCCUGCCCUCGUCCUCCCCGCCAGCUGCUUCAUCGACGAGCACGUGACCCGAGUGGCCUGGCUGAACCGCUCCAACAUCCUGUACGCGGGCAACGACCGCUGGACCAGUGACCCGAGAGUGCGCCUGCUCACCAACACGCCCGAGGAGUUCUCCAUCCUCAUCACCCAGGUGGGGCUGGGCGACGAGGGCCUCUACACCUGCUCCUUCCAGACGCGCCGCCAGCCGUACACCACUCAGGUCUACCUCAUCGUCCACGUCCCCGCCCGCAUCGUGAAUAUCUCUUCGCCCGUGACCGUGAAUGAGGGGAGCAAUGUGAACCUGCUCUGCCUGGCCGUGGGGCGGCCGGAGCCCACGGUCACCUGGAGGCAGCUCCGAGAUGGCUUCACCUCGGAAGGUGAGAUCCUUGAGAUUUACGACAUCCAGCGGGGCCAGGCCGGGGAAUACGAGUGCGUGACUCACAACGGGGUUAACUCUGCACCUGACAGCCGCCGCGUGCUGGUCACAGUCAACUAUCCUCCCACCAUCACGGACGUGACCAGCGCCCGCACAGCCGUGGGCCGGGCCGCCCUCCUGCGCUGCGAAGCUAUGGCCGUGCCCCCCGCGGAUUUCCAGUGGUACAAGGAUGACAGACUGCUGAGCAGUGGCACGGCCGAGGGCCUGAAGGUGCAGACGGAGCGCACCCGCUCGAUGCUUCUCUUCGCCAACGUGAGCGCCCGGCAUUACGGCAACUACACGUGUCGCGCAGCCAACCGGCUGGGAAUGUCCAGCGCCUCCAUGCGGCUCCUGCGCCCAGGAUCCCUGGAGAACUCGGCCCCAAGGCCCCCAGGGCCUCUGACCCUCCUCUCCGCCCUGGGCUGGCUGUGGUGGAGGAUGUAGGAAGAACCCAGUGCCCUGGAGUCCCCCCGCGGGCGGUCUG